AUGCAUGAUGAUAAGGAGGAGGAGGAAGGUAGUCAUGAUCACUUCAGUGUAGAUGAUAAGAGGUUCAUGCGAGUAGCCUUAGCAGCAGCCCAAGAGGCAUACGAUACUGAUGAGGUACCUGUUGGAUGUGCCUUUGUAUCGAAUGGUGUGGUAUUGGCUACUGCUGGUAAUGAGACCAAUCAUACUAGGAAUGCUACAAGGCAUGCUGAGCUUGUGGCCACUGAUAAGAUAUAUGAUAAAUAUAAAUCAUGUGAUGCCAUACGACAUAGUACCCUAUAUGUAACAGUAGAACCAUGUGUUAUGUGUGCUGCAGCCCUUCAUAUACUUGGUAUAA